AAACCAAACAAAACCCGACUUCAAAAUUCCCGCCAGGAAACGUUGCCUUCGUCUUCUCUCGACUCCGGCGUUGCUCCGCGUCCUCCUCGCCAGAGCCUCCUUCACCAACCUAACACCCACCUUGUUCUUCUCUUCCUUCAAGCCCACCCUCUCUCUCUCUCUCUCUCUCUCUCUCUCUCUCUCUCGUUGUAAAUAUAUUUCUGAUAUGAUGAUUGGCCUGAGAUGGAGCAGCGCCAUCCAUCACUCUUUUUCCUUGCAUCACUCUCUUCUUCGAUCCCUGUCUAAUUUCCCGCUUCCUGUGAGCUCGUAUCCAGCAAACGAUCUCUCUCGCUACACCGCCAGGAUCCAAGAUUUGUGUCGCCUCGGCUACGUAAGCGAAGCACGUAGCGUGUUCGAUACGAUGCCCCACAGAGACACCAUCACCUGGAACUCCAUGAUCUUUGGCUACUCCCUCAACGGCAUGAUGGAUGAUGCCCGGAGGCUCUUUGACGCCUUUGCUGGAAGGAACACACGGACGUGGACCAUCUUGGUUUCUGGUUAUGCCAGAAGUGGCUGCCUCGAGGAGGCCCAGCUACUCUUCGACUUGAUGCCCGAGCGCAACACGGUUUCCUGGAACGCUUUGAUUAGUGGGUAUGCACAGAAUGGGUAUGUCGGCAUGGCUCGGCGUCUCUUCGAUACGAUGCCGAUGCAUGAUAUUGCAUCGUGGAAUGCUAUCAUCACUGGGUACUGCCAUGCUCAUCAGAUGGUCGAAGCGAAGGAAUUGUUCGAGCAGAUGCACAUGAAGGACUUGGUUUCUUGGACGGUGAUGAUUUCUGGGUAUGUUCUGGUUAAUGAACAUGGAAAGGCUUGGCAGACUUUCCUUAGAAUGCAUCGGGAAGGAGUGAGACCAGACCAGUCUAAUUUCACGGCCGCUAUCUCUGCAGUUGUGGCUCUUGGCAAUCUCAAGCUGCUCGAAAACCUACGUACUUUGGUGAUCAAGACGAAUUUCGAAGGGGAUGUGGUAGUGGGAACAGCUAUUCUGAAUGCUUACACGAAGGAUGGCGGAGGGUUGGAUGAAGCAGUGAAGUUCUUUGAACAAAUGCCAGAGAGGAAUGAGUACUCUUGGUCCACGAUGAUUGCUACCUUUGCACAUACUGGGCUGUUGGAUGAUGCCAUCUCUAUUUACGAGAGGGAUCCUGUGAAGUCCCUUGCCUCCCAAACUGCAAUGUUGACUGGCUAUGCUCAGAAUGGCAGGAUAAGUGCAGCAAAAAUCCUUUUUGAACAGAUUCCCAAUCCUAGUGUGGUUUCUUGGAAUGCUAUGAUUGCUGGGUAUGCACAGAACAAUAUGUUAGAUGAAGCAAAGCAGUUGUUUCAUAGGAUGCCCAUGAGGAAUGCAGUCUCAUGGUCUGCGAUGAUUGCUGGUUGUGCGCAGAAUGGAGAGAAUGAAGAAGCUCUGCAUCUUCUGUCGGAACUUCAUAGGCUUGGGAUGUUGCCCAGCCUUUCAAGUUUGACCAGUGGUUUCUUUGCCUCUGGUAAUAUUGGAGCUCUUGAGUUUGGCAGACAACUACACUCGCUUUCCCUAAAAGCAGGUUCUCAGUUCAAUUCUUAUGUUAACAAUGGUUUAAUUACCAUGUAUGCCAAGUGCAAGAACAUUGAAGCUGUGUCUGGCGUUUUCCGGUGGAUGAAAGCAAGAGAUACUGUCUCCUGGAAUUCUUUGAUAACUGCUCUUUCUCAGAAUAACAUGAUGGAGGAUGCACGAAUUGCUUUCGAUAAGAUGUCGAAGCGAGAUGUUGUGUCUUGGACUGCCAUUAUAUCUGCAUAUGCACAGGCUGAAAAUUGGAAUGAAGCUUUGAAACUCUUUCUCAAAAUGUUAAACGAAGGAAUACUACCCAACUCUCUGACGAUCACUAGUGUUCUAAGUGCUUGUGGGAGUUUGGCUGCCACAAACCUUGGCCGACAGAUCCAUGGCCUUACAUUUAAAAUGGGCUAUGAUCUGGAACUAUUUGUUGGCAAUGCUUUGAUUACAAUGUACUUUAAGUGUGGCUGUGCAGAUUCGUUUUGGGUCUUCUAUGAGAUGUUUGAGUGUGAUAUAGUUACAUGGAACUCAAUGCUCGCAGGAUGUGCUCAACAUGGUCUUGGAAGGGAGGCCGUGGAGAUUUUUGAGCAAAUGAAGUCUGAACAAGUCCUUCCAAAUGCAGUGACAUUCUUAGUUCUCUUAUGUGCUUGUAGCCAUGGUGGCUUAGUUGACGAAGGAUGGCACUAUUUCAAGUCAAUGAGCAAAGUUUAUGGAAUCAUGCCAUCAAGAGAGCAUUAUGCUUCUAUGGUUGAUCUUCUAGGGCGGGCUGGUUACUUAUCUGAAGCUGAGGAGUUCAUAGAGAACAUGCCCAUCGAGCCAGACUCUGUGGUUUGGGCUGCACUUCUUGGUGCGUGCAGAAUCCAUCAGAACGUGGAACUUGGUCGGAGGGUUGCUGAGAGACUGUUUGAUAUGGAUCCACAAGAUUCAGAGGCUGUCAUCACAAAAUAAAAAGAGAAAAGAAGACAAGGUGAAGCAGCUGAAAGUGCAAGCAGCAGGUCGAGGUAGCUCAACCUUUCUACUGGGGCAAAUGCAGAUGGCUGAUGGCAAAUCACCCACUUCAUGGUCAGAUAACCAAGUUCACGUCAGAAAAUGCACAGAACAAAUGCCAACAUCUCAAAAGCCGUCCUCUGUUUGAAAUGCAAAUUUUAUGGAUGCUGUCCUUCUUUCUUGCUCUGGAAAGUCGAUUUCGAUGCAUUUUAGCAUGCUAUACUGGAAAAUGAUAGUUCAGCCACUUCAGUGCCCAAGAAAAAGAAGGUUGAGCUAAUGUUUCAAUUUGUUUCUGAUGAGCAGUAGUCCAUCUUAAGUGAUGGAUAGGAUCCGUGCAAAAAUGUCACGUACCCAAGUUGGCUCUCUAAAUGCUGGUCUCUGAUAGCUAAUCCAAUCAAGGUACCUGUUCAAGUUGAUCAGUGAGCUGCCUUCACUGGUGUCACAUUGCUGCGGUGAAGAAAUGGAGUUGUGUGGCUCGAAGACCUGAUAGAGCCAAGGUGAAAAAGGACGGGGAAUUAUUCUUAUCGGAUUCAGUUUGGAUCCGACCCGCAUCCGAUCGUAUGUCGUAUAUGAGGAAUAGACCGAGUUGAAAGCGUAGAAAAGUUUGCCCUUUUCUCGACCUCGAAUUCGCCCUUUCGAUUGCCUUCUUCCUCUCUU